AUGGAGCACUCUUCACCUCUCGCUGCUAUGCAGCCUCCAUCAGUCAUGUUCGGUCAUUGCUUUCGUUCAGAGACAUCGACUUCUUAUCCCCUGGGUUCAAUGUCCGGGUUUGGUGGGAACCCGUUCAAUUUCAAAGAAUUGUCUAUGAAGAAGUCUAGUUCGGACUACUUCAACAUGAAACCCAUUCGAGGAUCUUCCCCCACAGCUAGUUUGGCUGCUGAUCUUUCUCAGAACUUCCAUAUUGACCAGAGUCCUCAAUUAGCCACACCUCGGCGGUCUUUGUUCACAGCCAGUAUGCUGGGUCAGACUAAUGGACGUGAUGAUGUGAUGACCACCCCGCCGCUCCCAUCUUCUUCUCCGGCUCCGGCUAUGGAUGUGAUGGAAAUGUCUCCACUGCCUCACAAGCCGGCCUUUUUUGUUACUGCCGAGAUCGAGAUACAAUCUCCGACACCUGGGGCCAGUCCGAUGGGAUCACCAAUGAGAUCUCCGCUACCCAGCCCUCUACAAGCGUCUCCGAUGGAGUCUCCUCUAUGCCCACCUGAGAGGAAGCGUCCAACUUUCCUGCGUCCUAGUCUGGCUAGGAGUAAGGCUCAGUCUUACCAACUUGGACAGACCCGGCCUGCCCCGGAGAGUAAAGCACCGCCCUUUCGAUUUGGAACUGGAGCCAAGACAUCUCUCAGCACGUCGACUUCUCUGGAAGAUAUGUUUGGGGACUCGCCUCCCCAUGAGCGUCCAAUCUCUCGCAAUGGUUCUUCCACUCACCUGGGACCACCGCCCCGUAUGCGGCCAUCACUCCACCAUGCCCGUAGCAGCGGCUCGCCCGCCCCCAGUUCAAUCCGCAAACCCUCUCAUUCUUUGAUGCGUCCCCGCAAGCAAUGUCGACGAUCAUUGAGUAUGUUUGAGAACCCAGCAGAUGUUAUUGCCGAUAAAGAGGCCAAGGUAGCGACAAAUACACCCGUCCAGUCCAUCAGUGACAUUUCGAGCCCGCCCAGCAUGAAGCUGCCUCACUUCAUCCCUGAGGAUCGCGCGGACUCUCUGCCUCGCAUCGACAAGAGCACUCUUCUGGAACUCAUGAACGGGAAGUUCAAUGACCAGUUCGACAACAUUCUCAUCAUCGACUGCCGCUUCGAGUAUGAGUAUGAGGGUGGUCACAUCACCGGUGCAUUGAACUAUAACGACAAGGAACGUCUCGCCGGUGAACUCUUCAGUGCUCCCCAAUCCCGUACUGCGCUUGUCUUGCACUGCGAAUACUCUGCCCACCGGGCUCCCAUCAUGGCCAAGUACCUGCGACACCAUGAUCGCGCCAUCAAUGUUGAUACUUACCCUCACCUGUCAUACCCCGAUAUGUACAUUCUAGAUGGUGGAUACAGUUCAUUCUUUGCUGAACACCGUUCUUUCUGUUUCCCUCAGAACUAUGUCGAAAUGAGUGCCAAGGAGCACGAAUUUGCCUGCGAGCGUGGACUUGGCAAGGUCAAGCAGCGCUCUAAGCUGAACCGCGCCCAAACUUUUGCCUUCGGUGAACAGUCACCUCCCAUGGAGGACAGCCCAACUGGACGUUGCCGACUUGGCGACAACGAGCGAAACCGCUACCUAAGCUCUCCUUUCUCUCAAAGCCCGGUCCCUGCCCGCACUCCCGGCCGCCGGAUGCUUUCCUACUAA